AUGAUUACCCGCCAAUUGAAUUUCAAAACCCUUCAACGAAUACGCAAGCCCCGACUUACAACCUCUACAAUCUGCUCAAAAUUCCAUUCUUAUAACCAUGAACACCACCUGUUCGACGAAAUUCCCCAACCAGAUGCUGCCGCAGUUAACCGCUCUAUGCUCAACUAUAUGCACAGGAACCUUUCUGCUACUUCCCUCGACAUUUUUACUAAGCAAUUUCAACAUUUUUCGUAUCCUUGUAAUAUUGAUGAAGUUACUGUUACCCUUGCUGUCAAGGCUUGCCAAGGAGACCCAAAACCCGGAUGCCAAAUCCACGGCUUUGCUGUUUCGUCUGGGUUUAUUUCUUAUGUUACGGUUUCUAAUUCAUUGAUGAGUAUGUACAAUAAGGCUGGGAGGUUUGAUAGUGCAAUGUGUAUCUUUGAUGGUAUGUGUUACACUGAUAUAGUUUCUUGGAACACUGUUCUUUCGGGGUUUCGGACGAGUGAGGGGGCAUUGAGUUUUGCUUGCAGGAUGCAUUCGAAUGGGAUUGCUUUGGAUCCGGUGACUUAUUGUACAGUUCUUGCGUUUUGUGGGGAGUAUGAGGAUUUUCUCUUUGGAUUGCAACUGCAUUCUCUCGUGUUUAAGUCUGGGUUGGAUUGUGAAGUUUUUGUUGGGAAUGCUCUUAUAAGUAUGUAUUCAAGGUGGAGACGUUUGAGAGAAGCUAGGAAUGUGUUUGAUGAAAUGCGGAAGAGGGAUGUGGUUUCAUGGAAUGCAAUUCUAUCAGGUUACUCUCAAGAGAGAAAUCAUGGCCUUGAGGCAAUUAUACUGUUCAUUGAAAUGGUGAGAGAAGGGAUGAAACUAGAUCAUGUCUCAUUUACUAGUGCUGUUUCAGCUUGUGGUCAUGAGAAGAACUUAAGACUCGGGAGACAGAUACAUGGCUUGACAGUAAAAUCAGGAUAUGAAAGUCAUGUUUCAGUUGGGAACGUGUUGAUCUCCACAUAUUCAAAGAGUGGUGUCAAUGAAGAUGCAGGAUUGGUGUUUCAGCACCUGAAAAACCGCAAUGUAAUUUCCUGGACUACAAUGAUUUCUAUGGACGAAGAGAAUGCCAUCUCUUUAUUUAACAAGAUGAGGUUGGAUGGAGUAUAUCCAAAUGAAGUUACAUUUGUUGGACUAAUCCAUGCAAUAUCAAACAGAAAGUUGGUGGAAGAAGGCCUUAUGAUUCAUGGGUUUUGCAGAAAGACUGGAUUUUUGUCGAAGCAUAAUGUCUGCAAUAGCUUUAUCACCAUGUAUGCUCAGUUUGAGUCCAUGGAUGAUUCUUUCAAGGUUUUUGAGGAGUUGGACUUCAGAGAAAUCAUUUCAUGGAAUGCUCUGAUCUCAGGCUAUGCUCAGAACAAGCUGUGUCAGGAUGCACUGAGGACAUUCUUGUCAGCAAUUAUGGAGUCCACGCCCAACAACUACACAUUUGGUAGUGUGUUGAGCGCAAUUGGUGAUGCUCAUGACAUUUCUCUGAAGUAUGGCCAGCGCUGCCACUCCUUUUUGAUAAAACUUGGAUCAGUUACUGACCCGAUUACAGCAGGUGCGCUCCUUGAUAUGUAUGCAAAGCGAGGAAGCAUUUGUGAGUCGCAAAGAGUUUUCAGUGAGACCCCUCACAGAACUCAGUUUGCUUGGACAGCAAUAAUAUCUGCAUAUGCUGGCCAUGGAGACUAUGACUCGGUGGUCGAAUUGUUCUACCAGAUGGAUAAAGAAGGGGUGAAACCUGACUCGAUCACAUUUCUUUCCGUACUAAGCGCAUGUAGUAGAAAGGGAUCAGUUGAGAUGGGCCGCCAUUUCUUUGAAUCAAUGGUUAAAGACUAUCAGAUAGUACCAUCUCCUCAACAUUAUGCUUCUAUGGUGGAUAUGUUGGGACGAGCUGGGAAGCUGGAGGAAGCAGAGGAACUGAUGAGUCAGAUGUCUGGACAGCCGAGUUUUUCUUUGUUGCAAAGCUUGCUCGGGGCUUGCACAAUACAUGGGAAUGUGGAGAUGGCUGAGAGAGUAGCAGGCGCUUUAAUGCGAAUGGAGCCAACUGAAUCAGGUUCUUAUGUGUUGCUGUCCAACUUGUAUGCAGAGAAAGGGGACUGGGAAAUGGUGGCAAAAAUAAGAAGACAGAUGAGAGAUAGGGGAGUGAGAAAGGAAGUGGGAUAUAGUUGGUUGGACAAUGGUGAUGCUGAUGGCUCUUUGUAUCUCCACGGGUUUUCGUCAGGUGAUAAAUCUCACUGCCGGUCUGAAGAGAUAUGUAGAAUGGCAAAGUUCCUAGGAUUAGAAAUGAAGUUUUUGAGAGAGAACAUGUCUGAUAUAGACUCUGUGAAACAAAACAGUGAGACACAUUCUGAAGUCCCUCGUGAUGAAGGCUUGUAUUAGGUACUUGUAACAUUUGAUUAUUCAUGAUCUUUUACUGUACUAAUAUUUUCUGGG